AGAGACCUUGUUCAGAAGACACAAAAUGUAUCGCGUUCUCCACCGCGCCCUGUGCACCGCCACAGAGCCCGCCACCGGCAGCAUCAAGUCAAUUUCGCAGGAUCUCUACAAAGAAUCCAAGUUGAAAAGCCUGGUCGACAAGUUCAAGAAAGCCUCCGACAACGACCGCUUCCGGAAGAAAACCGGCAUCUACGAGGACACCGUGCGCCGCCUCGCCGGCGCCAAGCGCUUCCGGUGGGUCCGCGACAUCCUCGAACACCAGAAGCAGUACUCCGACAUCUCCAACGAGGGUUUCUCCGCGCGCCUCAUCACCCUUUACGGCAAAUCCGGCAUGUCCAAACACGCGCGCAAGCUGUUCGACGAAAUGCCCCAACAUAACUGCCACCGCACCGCCCUCUCUCUCAAUGCCCUCUUGGCCGCGUACCUCCACUCCAGGAAAUACGACGUCGUAGAAACCCUCUUCAGGGACCUGUCCGCCCAGCUUUCCAUCGAACCCGAUUUGGUCACUUACAACACUCUCAUCAAAUCUUUUUGCGAAAUGGGUGCCUUCGAUUCUGCCUUGGAGGCUUUCAAGGAGAUGGAGGGUAAGGGUUUGAAGCCUGAUUUCAUCACGUUCAACACUUUGUUUGAUGGGUUGUACUCAAAAGGUCGUUUUGAUGAGGGUGAGAAGCUCUGGGGGCAAAUGGGUGGUUACAAUGUUGUUCCUGAUGUGAGGAGUUACUGUUCCAAGCUUGUGGGGUUGGCUGGGGAGAAGAAAGCUGGUGAAGCUGUUGAGGUUUUGAAGGAAAUGGAGAAGGCGGGUCUGAAGCCUGACGUUUUCUGCGUCAAUGCUGUGAUCAGAGGUUUUGUGAAUGAGGGUAAUUUGGAUGAGGCUAAGAAGUGGUUUGGUGAGAUUGCGAACUUUGGUUAUGACCCUCAUAAGACCACUUACGCCACCCUUGUUCCGUUCCUGUGUGAGAAGGGUGAUUUGAAGACGGCCAUUGAGAUGUGCAAGGAGAUUUUCAAUAACCGGUGCCGUGUUGACGCGUCGCUGCUGCAGGUUGUGGUGGAUAAACUGGUGAGUGAGAACAUGGUUUCAGAGGCCAAGGAGAUUGUGGAGCUAGGGAAAACCAAUAGGUAUUGUCGCUAUAAGCUAAAUUUGCCGGGAGAAGAGUAGAGUUAUGUUAGCACUUAGUUUCACUUUAUUAUUGUUCUUGCAUUUUAAAUGGUUUUGUGAUAAUGGUGAUUGGAAAUUGCCAAGAGUGAAAUUUGUUUGGCAUUGUGAGAUUACUGACUGGUUGCUUCAACAUGGCUUAUGCAGUCUGAUUGCACUGGUUCUAUGGGUUGGUUUGAUAUCAGCCCUUAAAUGUAGUCUCGGUUGAGAUGAACUAACAUAAAAACACUGUUUUUCCUAAUUUACUCUUUGUUUGCUCU